CAGGGGAGGAGGAGGAGGAGCGGGCGCCGUGUCGCACGCAGCUCCAGGCGGGGCAGCCCGGGCGCUGAGGGACGCGGCCAGACCUCGGCGGGCCCCGCGAGCACUACACGCCGCCCGAGCGUCGGGGGGCGCCCGGAGAUGCGGGUUUGCCUGCAAUGAGACUUUAAUCUCUACACUUAAAGAACAUUCUUUCUGAGCUGCUGUGAAUAAAUUUGGAAUGAUAUUGUCUAUUUUCAACUAAUGGAGAACUAGCUGCAUCUUGAACAAGGAUUGCUGUACUGGACAACUUCAGAACAUUGAUCAAAAUGUCAUCAAACAGAAGUCAGAAUCCUCAUGGACUGAAGCAGAUCGGUCUUGACCAGAUCUGGGAUGACCUCAGAGCUGGAAUUCAGCAAGUGUACACCAGACAAAGCAUGGCAAAGUCCAGAUACAUGGAGCUCUACACUCAUGUUUAUAACUACUGUACUAGUGUGCAUCAGUCCAACCAAGCCCGGGGUGCUGGAGUCCCUCCUUCCAAGUCAAAAAAGGGGCAGACUCCUGGGGGAGCUCAGUUUGUCGGCUUGGAGUUAUACAAGCGAUUGAAGGAGUUUUUGAAGAAUUACUUGACAAAUCUUCUUAAGGAUGGAGAAGAUUUAAUGGAUGAGAGUGUGCUGAAGUUCUACACUCAGCAGUGGGAAGAUUACCGAUUCUCCAGCAAAGUGCUGAAUGGAAUCUGUGCCUACCUCAAUAGACAUUGGGUUCGUCGCGAAUGUGAUGAAGGACGAAAAGGAAUAUAUGAAAUCUAUUCGCUUGCGUUGGUGACAUGGAGAGAUUGUUUGUUCAGGCCAUUGAAUAAACAGGUAACAAAUGCUGUUUUAAAACUGAUUGAGAAGGAAAGAAAUGGCGAAACCAUCAAUACAAGACUGAUUAGUGGAGUUGUACAAUCUUAUGUGGAAUUGGGACUGAAUGAAGAUGAUGCAUUUGCAAAGGGCCCUACGUUAACAGUGUAUAAAGAAUCCUUUGAAUCUCAAUUUUUGGCUGACACAGAGAGAUUUUAUACCAGAGAAAGUACUGAAUUCUUACAGCAGAACCCAGUUACUGAAUAUAUGAAAAAGGCUGAAGCUCGUCUGCUUGAGGAACAGCGGAGAGUUCAGGUUUAUCUCCAUGAGAGCACACAAGAUGAGCUAGCACGGAAAUGUGAGCAGGUCCUCAUUGAAAAACACUUGGAAAUUUUUCACACAGAGUUUCAGAAUUUGUUGGAUGCUGACAAGAAUGAAGAUUUGGGCCGCAUGUAUAAUCUUGUAUCUAGAAUUCAGGAUGGCCUAGGAGAAUUGAAAAAACUACUAGAGACACAUAUUCAUAAUCAGGGUCUUGCGGCAAUUGAGAAGUGUGGAGAAGCUGCUCUGAAUGACCCCAAGAUGUAUGUGCAGACAGUGCUGGAUGUUCAUAAAAAAUACAAUGCCCUGGUGAUGUCAGCAUUCAACAACGAUGCUGGCUUCGUGGCUGCACUUGAUAAGGCUUGUGGUCGCUUCAUAAACAACAAUGCAGUUACCAAAAUGGCCCAGUCAUCCAGUAAAUCCCCUGAGCUGCUUGCUCGGUACUGUGACUCCUUGUUGAAGAAAAGUUCUAAGAACCCAGAAGAGGCAGAACUAGAAGAUACCCUCAAUCAAGUGAUGGUGGUCUUCAAGUACAUCGAGGACAAAGAUGUAUUUCAGAAGUUCUAUGCAAAGAUGCUUGCCAAGAGACUGGUACAUCAGAACAGUGCGAGUGACGAUGCUGAAGCAAGCAUGAUCUCUAAAUUAAAGCAAGCUUGUGGUUUUGAGUACACUUCCAAACUCCAGCGAAUGUUUCAAGACAUUGGUGUAAGCAAAGAUCUAAAUGAACAGUUCAAAAAGCACCUGACGAAUUCAGAACCACUGGACUUGGACUUCAGUAUUCAGGUCCUGAGUUCCGGAUCAUGGCCCUUUCAGCAGUCUUGCACGUUUGCCUUGCCGUCAGAGUUGGAGCGCAGUUACCAGCGAUUUACAGCUUUCUACGCCAGCCGUCACAGUGGCAGAAAAUUGACAUGGUUGUAUCAACUGUCCAAAGGGGAACUAGUCACUAACUGCUUCAAAAACAGAUACACUUUGCAGGCGUCCACAUUCCAGAUGGCCAUCCUGCUUCAGUACAACACAGAAGACGCCUAUACUGUGCAGCAGCUGACCGACAGCACUCAGAUUAAAAUGGACAUUUUGGCACAAGUCCUACAGAUUUUACUGAAGUCAAAAUUGCUGGUCUUAGAAGAUGAAAAUGCCAAUGUUGAUGAGGUGGAAUUGAAGCCAGACACCUUAAUAAAGUUAUAUCUUGGUUAUAAAAAUAAGAAAUUGAGGGUUAAUAUCAAUGUACCAAUGAAAACUGAACAGAAGCAGGAACAAGAAACCACACACAAAAAUAUAGAGGAAGACCGCAAACUACUGAUUCAGGCGGCCAUCGUAAGAAUCAUGAAAAUGAGGAAGGUUCUGAAACACCAGCAGUUACUUGGUGAAGUCCUCACUCAGCUGUCCUCCAGGUUCAAACCUCGGGUCCCAGUGAUCAAGGUCCCUCCUAGUGAAGCUUUUCCAAGGAGGCUGCCAUAUUCACCCCAGGAUGUCCCCGGAAGGAGGGCCCAGGCCAGGGGUUGAAGGCUCUCAUCUUCCUCAGAUCCAGCCCAGCCCAGGGGCAUCCUCAGACCUCCAGGGACUCUGCCACAAGGCACUGCACCGACCUUUGCUCUCAAUCUCCAUUUCCUGGCUAAAGGGCAAGAGGAAUGCAGAGGAGGUGAUGGAAUGAAUCUUCAGUCUCAGCACUGUCACUUCACUCCUUGGUUCAUUCUCCUACUAAGGAAGCCCUCAGGGUUCUCAGCUUACUUACCCCUCUGCUAAAGUCUAAGCAAGUGAAAUUCUGAAGAGCCUGGCACUGAAUGCACUUCAGUUCCCAUGCUUUAUUUUGGGGUAGGGGACACAGUUGUACUUAAUCAAUUUCAGGCUUACACAUUAGGCAACUUAUUACGUACUACUAAGCCACAUUGUUAGCCCUUCACUUUGAGAUAGAAAUGUGUUUAAUUGGGCAGCCCUGGCUGGCCUCAAACUCGUGAUCUUGGUUCUGCCUCCCCAGCGCUGAUUGUAGGCAUGCUUCAUCACACCCCAUUCAUCCAUGUCUCGAGGUAUGUCUGCUUUUCACUUUUAAUAAUUAAGACUCUCCAUAUAUAAACUAGGUAGAAACCAACCACCCCGUGCUUUCCCUCCACCCGAAAGGAUAUUAGAAUUCCAGACAUCAUUUGAAAACUCCCCUAUUAAUUUGCAAACUGUGAAUCAUGCUCACAGCUUGCUUGUCCUCACAGUUCACUUGUUCAUUUUCAUACCUGAAACACAGUUAAAAAACAAAAGCACCGUGGGCCCACUUAACGAAUUUAUCUUAAAUCCAUGAAGAAUAGGGAAGAGGACAAGCAAGUUUGGCUGGGAUCUCUUCGAAUGUUCCGGGAUCAAAUGUGCUUUUAGGUAAGUACACAGGAUCUAGACAGCAGACUCAGCCAGGGCAGGGGCUAACCUCACAUUUUAGGUUGUUGGUAAGUGAAGUAUUGGUAUGCAUUCAUUCAGCUUCCUGCACUGCCGCCAUUCCUCCCUGCCACAAUGGAUUCUCGCCCUUCUAGAACCCAGAUAAGCUCUUUGUUCUGUAAAUCAACUUUUGGUUGUGGUUUAUCACAGCAAGAGAAAUAACAAUGUAGGGGCUAGGCAGACUACGAGUUCUAGGCCAGCUUAGGGUAUGUGGAAGACCUUGUCUCAAAAAUAAAUAAAAAUAAACAACAAAACACUUGGAAGGUCCAAAGGAAACUCUAAAUGGCAGUCCCAGUAUCUAGAAGUGAGCUCAAUGUGCACUAUAGGUAGGUUUCUGGUAGAUAAAAAAAUCAGCAUUCCUCAGGAACUUGUACAAAAUGAAUCAUUUCCUUAUGGUGGAAGAGACGUGAGAGCUCAUGCUGGCCUUUAGGCUCCCACAGUAUCACAAGUACCUAUUACACAUUCCAAAGUCCACACUAAUCAUUAGCCCAUCUCACCACCUCUAUCCUACACUGUCUCCAUCUCAUUCUCCUAACCCUGUGGUUCUUACUGUGUGCCCCACCCCCUUCUCAUUCUGCUAAUGCUUUUCUCAACUAUCUUCUCUAUUCUCUAUCCUCUAUUCUCCCCUUACAAAUAGGACUGGCCAUGUUCAGUUUACUUCCUCUCUCUGCAAUGGGCUCUUGCAGAUGCCUCUAGCUGUUCUCUCAUAUCUAUAACAAAAGCCAUACUGUGGGAUGGUCAUGUUAGUUUUAUAUAUCUACAAACCUGAAUUUCUACCCCAUACUAAUUUACUUCGUGAUGACAGGAUGACUGUAAAACUUUGGAUAAAAUCUAGGUUACACUCAAGUAUGCCCAAGUAUUUACCUUCCUGGGCCUUGAGUUGACACUGCCUCGGCAACUAAAACUUGAAGAAAAAAAAGCAGUGGAAAGAAGCAAGACCUAGAUUCAGGCGUCUACCCAUUCCCAAAGAGAUGAUUCUUAAUUAGCUUACCCUUACUGCUCUUGUUAAUGCUUCCCCAAGUCCCGGAGUGAAAAAAAGGACCAAAAUGGGGGCAAAACUGGCAACUACUAGAGUUUACCUUUUAAUCUAACAGUGUUGGUUUGCCUUCUUUAAAUUAAUGUUCCAGUGGUUAAGAGCACUUGACGUGUAGCCCUAAGACUAAGCAGACUAAGCCUCUCUUGCAUCUAUAAUCUCAGUGCUGUUGUGGGAGAGAAAAAGAGGGUCAUUAGGGCUGCCCCUUUACAUCUGAACUCUUUAUUGACUAUGUAUAGAUUCGUGAGAACGGGGACUCAGUCUUUAGCUGUGUAAUACACUUCUGAACCCAUUGAGUUCAAAAGGAUGGCUCUAAACCCAGUUGUAACACAAUCGUGGUGGGUCACAGAGCUAAAGGGAUAGACAUGAAUAUAAGAGUUUUCAUGGGCCUGGGAGUCAGAGUGAGGGUAAGGGUGAUCAGUUUGCAAAGAGUACAUAUGUGUAAAAAUGAAAAACUAUUUAAGUUGAGAAUAAAAAGGCAAUGUCUGUGUCUGGAAA